CGUUUUAUUUACCUGUUUGAACGCGGGAAAGGCGAGCCAUUAGAAAAUCGAAGAGAGGGAGAAUUAGCGGGAAAAUCAGAGAGGAAGAAACAGAGAUGGAGACGGACUACUCAAGCAGCGACUUGCAGCGCUUACUAGAAGCCAUUAAAUCCUCGGAUGUUGUGGAGAGUCGUGUUGAACUACUUACUAAGCUCCGGGACUUAGAAAUAUCAGAUCGAUCUGACUUGCAUUUGCUUAUGGAACGCCUCACAACAUAUUGGGAAGACUUCACUUGUUUGGAUGCAUCUCAGUGCCUGUUAAACAAAUCCAUCUUACAUGUUGCUGUAAAACACCUAGAGUCAGAUAUAUCUGGCUGCUUAUCACAAUUUCUUUCCCUAGGGACCAAGGCCAGCAUAUGGUGUGGAAAGCAUCUGAAGAUGAUUCUUAUGUCAAAUGAGGGAUCUCAAGAAGAGGAGCAUGAUGACAUAUUUUUUCAGCUGCUUUUGGACUUGUUGAGAUUCUCUGCUGCUAGCUUUUCAGCUUUGGCCACAUACCAUGUUUCAGAUGAUGAACCAUUGAUGGAUAGUGUAGAGAAUUAUAUUUCAGAACAGUUAAAUUUAACAAAAAACUCUAUAGCAGAGGUUAAGAGAAUUGGGUCACUUGGCUCAGAAGUAGUAAAGGCUGCUCAGAUUGUCAUAGAUGCUGUGAUAAGACUUUGUAGAGUGUAUUCCCUCGCUGUAAAUCGGGAGUUAUGUGAUGGAAAUCCUGAGAAAGAUGAAAGCUGCAUGGAUUUUGAAGCAGCCAAUAGUGUGAAUCAUGUUAGUAAAAUAGCAAAAUGUACAAUAGAAAAGCUGUGUGAAUUGGGAAUUCUUGCAGCUAAUGAUGGUGGGAGUUUGGUUACCAUUCUUAAUGUGUCAUGGAAAGGUGUGGUUACCUUGCUUCAACUUGGCAAGGGGGCUUUAUCCGUAAAGGUGAAAGUGGCAGAUAUUAUUCUUGCACUUCUUUCACUCGUCAAUGAGUCUCUGAGAUGUGCUGCUAAAGCUUGGUCCUCUUCCCUCAAGGAAGCUAUUUCUGUAACUGAAGCUAGAAGAAUAUUUGUUCCAGUAAAGUUCUACCUGAUUAAUGCUGUAAAAAUAUCCUUCCUAUAUCCAAGCCAAGCAUACCUGGUAUACAGGGAGAUAACACUCUGCAUCCUGAUAAUCUCAACCUUAAAAACUUCACUGAGUGAUGAAGAACUUAUGAAAACUGCUGGUGAAGUAAUAACAGAGCUUCUAGAACAAACAUCCAUGGAUCUUCUCAAGUCUUUGGUAAAUUCUGCUCAAUUGAAACAGGAGCUGAAGUUGAGAAUUCUGGACUGGUUGUUCAUCAAUGAAAGCAACUCAAAUCCUGCCAAUGGAGAUUUAAUUAGUAAUAGCGGAAUAACUUCAAUGGAAGAAAUCUUUUCGGUAGGUUGUGAAGACAUGACUGAGGCAAGAACAUUGUUGCUUGGUCGGGUUACAGUGUUUCUCAAUUUACUGAAAUAUUCUCUUGAUCUUGACGAAGAUGUAAAACUUGGAAUGAUCAGUAAGCUUGGAUGGUUUUUUGACAUAUUAGUUGAUGAAGAGGUAUAUUCUUCCAUUCUGGCCCUCCAAAUUCCCGAACUAUUUGGUUCACAGAACACUGUUGAAAUUAAUUGGCAGCCUAUGUUUUCUUCUCUUUUACAUGCACUGGAAACAUUCAUGAUUGUGCUCUCUUCAAGCAUUGCAUGGGGGGAAUUUGAGUCUUUUUUGCUCGAGAAUUUCUUUCAUCCUCACUUCCUUUGCCAGGAGAUUGUAAUUGAGCUUUGGUGUUUUAUGGUGCGUCAUGCUGAGAUAAGUGUGGUGAACGGUGUUACAGAUAAACUUUCCUCAUUAUUGAGGUUGGUGGCAUCCUCGGAGUCAGUUUUUAUUCCUGGUUCUGCUAUGAGAAAAGUGGCAAGAUCACUUUGCAUGAUACUUAGUUAUGGUACACAAUCUAUGGUAGACCAUGUUUACAACUCCAUUAUUGGUGACAACAGGUCUCAAUUGUCAGCGGUUAUGCAUGUAGCCUUGUUCAUGGAAGGCUUUCCGUUGAAUUUGCUCUCUGAGAGGAUGAGAAAUAUUGCUACUCAGAGAAUUUUUGCUGAUUACUUUGGCUUCUUAGAGAGUUUUGAUGACAAAUCGAUGAAAGCUUGCAGUUCGAGUGUUUAUGGAGUUCCAGUCUUUGCUCUGUCUGCCUCAUUGCAGUCUCUGCAGCUCAACAUGUCUGAUAGUAACGCGAAGACCCUGAAGUUUAUGGUUGCUAUCACUCAUAACUACAGAAACUCAGGGGACCAACUGACAAAGGACCAUUACCGGAAGCUUUUGAGUGAAACAUUAGGAAUCAUCGCGAAUAACAAGCAUCUAUAUGCAGCAGCUGAGAUGGAAGAAGUCAUCUUAGAGCUUGAAAACCUAUUUAUCUCAGGGCCAGCAGCCUCUGAUACUCGAUUGCAUGUAUGCAAACCGCAUCUGGCUCUUUUCAUGGCCGGACUUGGUCAUAUGGAAAUGACAGAAAGUGAUACAAGUGCCAAGUGUUCUGCCAUCUGGGAAUUGUAUCACAUGCUACUGAGAGAGCAGCAUUGGGCAUUAAUUCAUUUGGCAAUCACGGCGUUUGGAUAUUUUGCCGCCCGCACUUCUUGCAAUCAACUAUGGAGAUUCGUGCCCCAGACUGCUGCUCUAUCAUACGAUCUAGUGUCAGGAAAUGAGGCAAAUGAGGAGAGAUUUAUGUCUGAAUUGAAGGCAUUUCUUGAGAAAGAAAGGGCACUUCUUACAAUUACACCAAGCUCCGAGCAGCUUGGGCAGCUCGUAGGGGACGGUCUGAUGCUGAAAAGAAUUGUUCAAAAUAUUCGUGGAAUUGAUACAACAGGGGUAGUGGGGUGUGAGAGCAUGGAGACUGACGAGAAUAAUCAAUCCAAGAAGAAAAGGAAACUUCCUGAUGAAAUUAGUGAGGGCGUGGAAUUGCUGCAGAAUGGUUUAAAAGUUAUUGGUGACGGUUUUUCCCGGUGGCAGCAAGAUCAUGAUGCCACAGAACUUCGUGACAAUUUCAUGGCUCACAUUUCUCGACUUGAAGAUGAAAUUGCUCAAUUAGUGGGUCUGGCCGGCAGUGGCUAGGUUCUCAUUACAGCUCCCUUCAAAGAAUGUCAUCGUCAAUGGCUUAAUAGCCAAGGUACGAAAUUCAGUUCGAAUGUGUAGAUAUAGAUACAACUGAGUUGAUGAAUCAGAGCUAUCGCAAGUAAGCGCCUCACUA